GGGCGACACGUCCUGGGAGCGCGCCGGACGGAAGCGCCGCUGGGACUGACACGUGGACUUGGGCGGCGCUGCCCGGUGGGUCGGCCGGGCGCGAGCGGGGCCCCGGACACGCCGCGCCCGCGCCGUCCGCGCCCGAUGCAGCCGCCCGCGGACGAGGCCCGCAGGGACGGGGCCGAGGACGCCCAGUGGUCCAGGCCCGAGGGCCAGGUAUGGACAGGGACCCUGCUGCUGGGCACGUGCCUGCUGUACUGCGCCCGCGUCAGCAUGCCCGUCUGCGCCGCUGCCAUGAGCCAGGACUUCGGCUGGAACAAGAAAGAGGCUGGCGUCGUGCUCAGCAGCUUCUUCUGGGGCUACUGCCUGACCCAGGUGGUGGGCGGCCACCUGGGGGACAGGAUCGGCGGGGAGAAGGUCAUCCUGCUGUCGGCCUCCGCCUGGGGCUUCAUCACCGCCGCCACCCCGCUGCUCGCCCACCUGGGCAGCGCCCACCUGGCCUUCAUGACCUUCUCUCGCAUCCUCACGGGCUUGCUCCAAGGGGUUUACUUCCCUGCGCUGACCAGCCUGCUGUCGCAGAAGGUGCGGGAGAGCGAGCGAGCUUUCACCUACAGCACUGUGGGGGCCGGCUCCCAGUUCGGGACUCUGGUGACGGGGGCCGUGGGCUCCCUGCUCCUGGACUGGUACGGCUGGCCGAGCGUCUUCUACUUCUCGGGUGGGCUCACCCUGCUCUGGGUGUGGUACGUGUACAAGUGCCUGCUGAGCGAGAGAGAUCUCAUCCUGGCCCUGGGUGUCCUGGCGCAGGGCCUGCCCGUGUCCAGACCCACCAAGGUGCCCUGGAGACAGCUCUUCCGAAAGCCUGCGGUUUGGGCCGCCGUCACCUCCCAGCUCUCUGCCGCUUGCUCCUUCUUCAUCCUCCUCUGCUGGCUGCCAACCUUCUUUGAGGAGACAUUCCCCAGCUCCAAGGGCUGGGUUUUCAACGUGGUGCCCUGGCUGGUGGCCAUUCCUGCCAGUUUGCUCAGCGGGCUUCUGUCUGACCACCUCAUCAAUCAGGGUUAUAGGACCAUCUCCGUGCGGAAGUUCAUGCAGGUGAUGGGCCUUGGCCUGUCCGGCGUUUUCGCCCUGUGUUUGGGUCACACCUCGAGCUUCUGCACGUCUGUGGUCUUUGCAUCGGCCUCCAUCGGCCUCCAGACCUUCAACCACAGUGGCAUUUCCGUUAACAUUCAGGACCUGGCCCCGUCCUGUGCCGGCUUUCUGUUUGGUGUGGCCAACACAGCUGGGGCCUUGGCAGGUGUCGUGGGCGUGUGCCUGGGCGGCUACCUCAUCGAGACCACGGGCUCCUGGGCGUCUGUGUUCAACCUGGUGGCCGCCGUCAGCAGCCUGGGGCUGUGCAUCUUCCUGGUGUUUGGGAAGGCCCAGCGGGUGGACCUGAGCCCCGCCCACGAGGACCUCUAGCGCCCGACCCACCCUCCCCCACCCCCGGCCCUGCCCCCCUGCCCGUGGAGGUCGCACCCUCCUCCAGGGUCGGUGGGACCACGGGGUGCGUGGGUUAGUGCCUUUAGUAGCAGCAGCUUCAUUAGACUGGUCUGCUCCAUGUGGGCCGGACAUGCCCCACGCGGUCGGCCCGCCCCUGGGGCCCGGGUGUCACGGGGCCGGGGUCCCCGGCCAGAGUCUCCCCCAAACCUGCUUGGCUCUGCUUCUCGGCACCUGGGGUCGGGGCAUGGUCUGUGGUGGGGCCUCCUGUGCACAGCGGGGUGUUUAGCAGCGUCCCUGCCCCCCGCCACCGUUGUGACGGCAACACUGACAUAUGACCAAGUGUCCCGGGGGACCCGCCUCCGCCCCCUGGUGGCAACCCCGGCUCUGGGUGAAGGCCGUGGAGACUGCCCUGGUGCUGCCUCUCCAGGCGGCCAGGCCAAGGCAGUUCAGUGGGUGGGUGGGGUGGGACCUUGGGGCCCUUGCCCAUCCUUGGGGACCUGCCCCCGGAGUCCCCUCCCACGGAUCCCAGGCCCUGGCAAGGGCGCGUGGGGACCCCUCCUGGCCUGGACGCGCCCUAGAAACCGUGCCCCGCCUGUCCUCGAGGUCCUCCUCCCUCCCUGUUGACAAAGAGCGGGCGGCCCUCGCACGAAGUAAUGACAGAUUUUCAAGACGCACGUGCAGAGGAAAGACGCUCUAAGAACGAGGAAAAUCACCCCAACGCCUUAUUUAAAUGACUCAAACUAUUUAAAAAGAGGAGUGCUGUGAUUUAACACCCUUUUAUAAAAGGAAUGAACACUU